AGUUGCAUUAUAAUGGUGCGCAAGUCCGGUAGAGUUAAAAUUUCUAGUCGCGAUCGCGAUGGUGAUCGCCCCGCCGUUGGUGAUAUUCUGUUGCGUGGCAAAGUGGGCGGUGGGCGGGUCUCCGUCGCAGUUGCAGCAGCCAAGGCGGUGGAGUCAGCGGCUGAGGGACGACGACGACGCAGACGCGACAGCAGCGCCAGCCACACGGCCUCAAGUGACGAGUCUGAAAGCCACAUAAUGCACGCCGAUGCCUUGGCCGCUGGAUAUCCCUGCCUCUCAGCCCACAGUCCCAUCGGACAUGCUCUUAGUCCCAAUGGCGUUGUCCUCGGUCUGAGCAACAGCAGCAACCAGAGCAGCGAGAAUUUUGCGCUCUGCAAUGGAAACGGAGGUGGCAAUGCGGGUAGUGCAGGAGGCGGAAGCGCCAGCAGCGGCAGCACCAACAACAAUAGCAUGUUCUCGCCGAAUCAUAACCAUAGUGGAAGCGGAAGUGGUGGCAGCAGUCAACAGCAGCUGCAACAGCAACAACAGCAGCAGCAGCAACAGUCACCGACGGUGUGUGCCAUCUGCGGAGAUCGAGCAACAGGGAAGCACUAUGGAGCCUCCAGUUGCGACGGCUGCAAGGGAUUCUUUAGGCGCAGUGUGAGGAAGAAUCACCAGUACACGUGCAGAUUCUCCCGCAACUGUGUGGUGGACAAAGAUAAGCGGAACCAGUGUCGCUAUUGCCGGCUAAGGAAGUGCUUCAAGGCGGGCAUGAAGAAGGAAGCGGUCCAGAACGAACGGGAUCGGAUCAGCUGUCGACGCACCUCCAACGAUGAUCCGGACCCGGGCAAUGGUCUCUCCGUGAUCUCGCUGGUCAAGGCCGAGAACGAAUCGCGCCAGUCUAAGGCCGGCGCUGCCAUGGAGCCUAACAUCAACGAGGAUCUUUCCACAAAGCAGUUUGCCAGCAUUAAUGAUGUCUGCGAGUCGAUGAAGCAACAGCUAUUGACCCUGGUUGAGUGGGCCAAGCAGAUUCCGGCCUUUAACGAGUUGCAGCUGGAUGACCAAGUGGCCCUGUUGCGUGCCCAUGCCGGUGAGCACCUGCUGCUCGGUCUGUCACGUCGAUCGAUGCACCUUAAGGAUGUCCUGCUGCUGAGCAACAAUUGUGUGAUCACUAGACAUUGUCCAGAUCCCCUUGUGUCACCCAAUUUGGACAUCUCUCGGAUAGGCGCCCGCAUCAUUGACGAACUUGUGGUGGUCAUGAAGGAUGUGGGCAUCGAUGAUACCGAAUUUGCCUGCAUCAGCCUGGUCUUUUUCGAUCCCAAUGCCAAGGGCUUAAAUGAGCCGCAUCGCAUCAAGUCGCUGCGUCACCAGAUACUCAAUAAUCUCGAGGACUACAUAUCCGAUCGGCAGUACGAGUCACGCGGUCGCUUCGGCGAGAUCCCUAUCCUGCCCGUUCUGCAGUCCAUCACCUGGCAGAUGAUCGAACAGAUUCAGUUUGCCAAGAUCUUUGGCGUGGCACAUAUCGACUCGCUGCUUCAGGAGAUGCUUUUGGGAGGGGAGUUGGCUGACAAUCCUUUGCCUUUGUCGCCACCGAAUCAGUCCAACGACUACCAAAGUCCCACCCACACAGGAAACAUGGAUGGUGGCGGCAGUCAGGUGAACUCCUCCCUCGAUCCGCUGGUCUCGGCGGGUGGCAGUGGACCGCAUGGCUUGGACCUAGAGGUUCAGCACAUCCAGGCCUUGAUAGAGGCGAAUAGCGCAGAGGAUUCGUUUCGGGCUUAUACAGCUGGCACAGCAGUAGCUGCGGUAGCUGCCGCUAUCUCGUCUUCCUCCUCCGCCUCUGCACCCACAUCCGUGGCUCCGGCUGCGAUCUCGCCCCCGCUCAACAGCCCCAAGUCGCAACAGCAACAACAACAACAGCAACAGCAUCAGCAUCAACAGCAACAUGCGAGUCACCAGCAGCAGGAUGGAUCCUACAUGGAUGGACGUAAGCACUACAAUGGCAGUCGGUCCCAUCACAGUCCCCAACGGAUGCAUCCCUACCAAAGACCGGUCGCAUCGCCAGUCGAUGCGACCAGCGGUGUUGGCGGCCUGGUGUUGCGGAAUCCCGCCGACAUAACGCUCAAUGAGUACAACCGGAGCGAGGGCAGCAGUGCCGAGGAGAUGCUGCGACGCACUCCGCUCAAAAUCCGAGCGCCGGAGUUGCUAACAGCUCCCACUGGCUAUGGAAUGGAACCCUGUCGCAUGACGUUAAAGCAGGAGCCCGAGACUGGUUACUGAAUGGUUACCAAUUGGUGCAAUAGGCAGUUUGCAAUAGGACUAUGCUCAAAGAAGACACACACCACACAUACACACACACACACCCCUUACACAGAGAUACAGGCCCCGCUCUUGCUGUAGAGAGAUGGAAAAUGAAGAACUUACUUAAUUGUUAUGCCUUGAACAUUUUUGAUACUUUUUAUUAGUCGUUAAGUAGGUAUCUUGGAAAUUGUUGCUUAAUUUUUAAAAUGUUUAACGCAGUUGAAUCUAUUUUUGGAGUCAUAUUUCGCUCAAGAAGUUUAUUAUAUACACCUAUAUAUAUAUACUGCAUAUAUAUAUUAUACACCAUCUAGCAUGUACUGAGUUUGUUGGUUAUUUGGUUAUUUUAUCCUUGUGCAUGGGUCACAAAGCAUACAUAUAUAGGCCAUGCAAUAUAUUGUUUUAGGUUAGGGUGUUGUCUAGAUUAUGCGCUGAAAGUGUAAUAUACAAAUUAUAUUUAGUGUUAAACAAAGAACUAUUUUUAUAUGAGUAUGUAUAAAAUACAACAAACUAUUCUAAGAUGGCUGAAUGAAUAAAAAACGAAAAUCUAUACAAA